GCAUAGUCAAGAUGCAGUAGAUUGUAUCGAGUACAGUAUAUACAUAUGAGAUGAGUAAUGUAGGGUAUGUAAACAUAAAAGUGGCAUAGUUUAAAGUGGCUAGUGAUACAUGUAUUACAUAAAGAUGGCAAGAUGCAGUAGAUGGUAUAGAGUACAGUAUAUACAUAUGAGAUGAGUAAUGUAGGGUAUGUAAACAUUAUAUUAAGUGGCAUUGUUUAAAGUGGCUAGUGAUACAUUUUUUACAUCAAUUUCCAUUAUUAAAGUGGCUGGAGUUGAGUCAGUAUGUUGGCAGCAGCCACUCAAUGUUAGUGGUGGCUGUUUAACAGUCUGAUGGCCUUGAGAUAGAAGCUAUUUUUGAGUCUCUCGGUCCCUGCUUUGAUGCACCUGUACUGACCUCGCCUUCUGGAUGAUAGUGGGUUGAACAGGCAGUGUCUCAGGUGGUUGUUGCCCUUGAUGAUCUUUAUGGCCUUCCUGUGACAUCAGGUGGUGUAGGUGUCCUUGAGGGCAGAUAGUUUGCCCCCAGUGAUUCAUUGUGCAGACCGCACCACCCUCUGGAGAGCCUUACGGUUGUGGGCGGAGCAGUUGCCGUACCAGGCGGUGAUACAGCCCAACAGGAUGCUCUCGAUUGUGCAUCUGUAAAAGUUUGUGAGUGCUUUUGGUGACAAGCCGAAUUUCCUCAGCCUCCUGAGGUUGAAGAGGCGCUGCUGCACCUUCUUCACAAUGCUGUCUGUGUGGGUGGACCAAAAAUAUUUCUAAUGAAAUUAUAAAAUUAUAAUGAAAUUAAAUCGGACUCAGAUUUCUGAGCUUUUUAGCCGUUUCGUUAGUGAGAAGGCCAAGGGGGGUAAAGGGGCUGUUUGAGACUAAGAACCUAAUUCUGAAGACAUACAAGCAAAUAAAUGUACUUAACUUCUACUACUCACCUAGAUGAUGCAUCAUGGGUGAAUAAAACUUUGUUUUUAAAGGAACUUAAAAAGUGUUACGGAAAUGAGAGACAUGCCAUCAGACACUGUGUUUGUACGUAAUACAUAUUGUAGUUUAAUGUCAACUUCAACUAGUAUACAAUUUUUAUGAUUUGUGGAUAACCUGCAGCAAAAUAUUUGGUGUUUUAUUCAAAUAAGCAAGUUUUUCUAAAGUAAAAUCUUAUAAAAUUACCAGAGUUUAAUCCGGACGCAUUUCGAUAAUCAGAAUUUGGGGUGAAAAUGUACACAAUUCAGGAAAGAAAAUAUUUAAAAUAAGACACAUCUUAUAAGACACAUCACCAAAAAGUACACAUCUUAGUCCUCAGAACGAUAGUUGAUUUUUGCAGAUGCAUCAGGGUUUUUGUAUCUCAAUGUGAUACAUGGUUCAUAAGAAUCACCCAGCUAGGUGGCAGUCAGUCAAGUCUCUGUAAAUAUGGAUUAGUAGGCUGACAAACCAACUGGCCAAGUAUAAUUCUGUAGUGUAAUUACAUGGCAUUCAUAUAUUCCAUCAAGGUCCAACUAACACAUGAGCAUAGCUUUAUAGAAUGUCAUCUGACUCCCAAUCCAGGUGGGGUUACACCUGCCCUUGUGUUCUCUGAAAAGAUGGAUUCUACUGGGAAACCCUCCACAGCUCAAGUCUUACUAUUAACCACCAGCUCAGCACUGACUGCAGUCUUCUACUCUGUGUACAGGAGGAGGACAACAACAGUAUUAAGAUUAAAGGGAGCCAAGAAAGUGUCUAUUGAUCAGGAUCUGAAGAACAUCCUGACAGCAGCACCAGGGAAAUGUGUCCCUUACGCUGUGAUCGAAGGUGUUGUGAGAUCUGUUAAAGAAACCCUGAACAGCCAGUUUGUGGACAACUGCAAAGGGGUCAUCGAGAGGUUAACUCUAAAGGAGAAGAAGAUGGUGUGGAAUCGCACCACUCAUCUCUGGAACGAGAGUGAAAAGGUCAUCCACCAGCGCACCAACACGGUGCCCUUUGACCUGGCAUCCCACGACAUGGCCAUGGCCGCCACCAUCCGGGUCAUCCGUCCCCUGGACUCCUCAGAGCUAGACCUGGAGACCACUUACGAGAACUUUCACCCCACGGUCCAGUCCCUGACCAAUGUCAUUGGCCACUUCAUCAGCGGGGAGCGCCCUAAAGGUAUCCAUGAGACGGAGGAGAUGCUGCGUCUGGGGGAGAGUGUGACCGGGGUCGGGGAGCUGGUGCUGGACAACAACCUGGUGAAGCUCCAACCUCCCAAGCAGGGCCUGAGGUACUUCCUCAGCCGACUGGACUAUGACUCCCUGGUGGAGAAGCAGCAGAGCAGCGUCAGAGUCUGGAGGGUCCUGACUGCGUUGUUUGGUGUGGUAGCUUCUACGACGCUCCUCUUCAUCCUGUGGAAGCAGUGGGUUUACCACAGACAGAGGAGAAAGGAGAAGAACGUCCUGGAGGAGUUCAAGGAGCAUCAGAGGAAGAGGAUGAGGGAGCUGAAUGUAGAGGAGACCAGUGUUUCCCCUAGUGCCUGUACGGUGUGUCUGACCCGGGAGCGUUCCUGUGUGUUCCUGGAGUGUGGGCAUGUCUGUGCCUGUGACCAGUGCUACCAGGCUCUUCCAGAGCCAAAGAAGUGCCCUAUCUGCAGGGCACCGAUAGAGAGGGUAGUACCGCUUUAUAACAGCUAAUGGACAAUGCCAUGGCGAUUAUAACUGGACUAAUCUAAUGUUACUGAAAAUGUCACUGAAAAAAGGAUUGUGUAUUUGUUUUUCUUUUUGUUUGUCUUUUUUGUGUGACAGGAAAAUGACUGUAUAAUUUUAAGUGGUACUUGUAGCUUUAACAUUUCAUUGAAAGAUCAACCUUACUUGUAAUGCUGUGUUGUUAUAAUGCAUAUGUUGAUUUAUAUCAGUUGAGGAAAAUAUGUCCUUUUUCCAUAGAGAGUUGUAGAAUCAACUCAGAAGUUGACUGUCUUCACUUCAAUGUUUCUCCAAAGCACAUCAAAGCCAUUUUGAAUAAAGAACGAAAAACACAAAACAAAUCCUCAACUUAUUUUGCAAAGUUGGUGUACAUUUACAUCUGUAUACUAACUAUCCACACAGUUGAAAAUUAUAUAUGAAAAUAUGUAUUGCUGCCAGGACAGAGUG